GAGGACAGGGCCAGUGAGAUAUCUUGUGGCCCACCAUGCAGAAUCAUCACGCUGGAGUGGUGCUAUCUCUCCCAUCUAUCAAUCUUGCUCUAUCCUUGAUUCCAAAGAAACUCAGCCCUCCGAGUCCAGAGCUCUGAAGACAGCGGAUACAACUAUCAGUUGUCCUUUCCGCUUAAGAAUUUUCUCAACCUCUGAAGUCACUGGAGCGCCAUUUCUAUGCUGACCGACACUUCACUCAGACAAUCUCAGACAAACCAUGAACGCAGGCAUCACAGGUUAAUGUUCGAUGCGAAGAAAGUGCUGACCCUUUGGACCCUGCUAGGUGGCGCUGUUGCUGUUCUUCUUUGGGGGUUUUUCAGUUUUCCUAGAAAAUUUACAGUUACAAGAACAGCCAGAAACAAGACAUGCGAUGAUGGGGUAAAGCUGUGCCUUAAAGACUGGAACAAAUUACGUCGGAACUGCUUCUCUUAUAUCCAACAUAAAAACUCAUGGUAUACUGCCAAGCACAACUGCGAACUCCGUGACGCAACUCUGGCUGUGUUCAUCGACAAAACUGAAUUGGAAAUUUUGAUGAAUCAAAUGCAGGAGAAGAAAACAUAUUGGAUUGGACUUCACAGAAAAAAUUUAUUAGGAAUAUGGGUUUGGACAAAUGGAAGUAAAUACAACAAUUUGCAUGACAUCCAAGAUCAUGGUCAGUGUGCUUUCAUGCAUAAAGGGGGAAUAGACAGUACCAGUUGUGAGGACCAAAAAGAAUCUAUUUGUACCAGAGAAGGUCGGUGCCCUUGAAGAUUUCUUCCAUCCAAAGGACCAUGAAGAGCAGUGUCUUGUUUUGUCUGUGAUGUGUAUUCCUUCCCAUCGACAUCACUUUAAGUAUAAUUUGACUGACAAACAUUUACAUGAAUUUUAUCUUCAUUGAAAUAGUGACUACAAAGCCUACCAAUUAAACUAAGCUUGAUGUGGUACUGCUGGGUCAUCAAGGCUGGCACAUUUGAAGCUAUGGCCAUGAAGGGCCUUGCUCAGAAGUGACCCAUCUCAGUGGAGCAUACCAGAGGGCAUAAAGAAUAAAAAGGAAGAUCCCUCUGCUUGUCUAAAAUUCAGUGACAUCUUCCAAGAAGAAAAACAAGAGCUGAGGACAGGGUGAGCAUAAGAAAUGCUUUGUCUGCCCUCAAAUAAUACAUGUUUCAUGUGGAACUGAGAAGGAAGGCAUAAGGGGGGAAACUAUUGUGAUCAAGGUCCCGGUGUCACCAGUGAGGGCCAAGCAACUUUCCACAGGUCUCUCCAAACUGAAAGACUUAAGGUAACCUGGAUUUGUUGUUGCCAUAGUUGCUGAAAGAGUAAAGGACACAAAUUUCGUGAUGAGUCAGGAUGAACAAAACGUGAGCACCUGGAAGUAGAGAGGAACAUGAGGGAAAGAAGCUUUGUGACCUUGAAGAAUCCAUGGAGAUUAGCCUAAAUUCCAAAAGCUGUUUCACUCAGAUUCUGGAUAACACUGAAAUGAUCUUGAAGAAAGGGAGGUAUAGACAUUAACACUGGUCAUCAUUAAAAAAAAAAAAUCUCUUCAACUAC